AUGAUUCAUAGUUAUAAGAAUUAUAGAUAUUUUAAUUUAAGUUAAAGAGAGAUGAUAAAUCUGAAUGAGGAACAAAAAAUACAGCAGAACAAACUAGUUAACAUUUUUGGGUAACAUACCAAAUAAGCAUUUAUCAUCUUUAUAAUGAAUGCACUUUUAAGAGUUCAAGAAAACGAUACAUUUUUUAUGUCAAUUACCCUGUAUUUAACAAUCAUAAUGUUCUUAUUUAAUUGUGUGGCAGCAGUAUUUUUGCUUUGUUUCAAGAGAGAAUUUCCUAAGGUUGAGUACUUCUUGAUAUACACAAUGAAUGUGUUUAUGUUUAUAACUCUUCUGGUGUAUUCACUCAAUUACUUUAUUUAAAAAAAAGAGUAAGACCAUUUGCUUUAAUUAUAUAUAAAAACGUACAUCAUGAUAUUGUUGGGGAAAGAAAUCGAAAUACUCAUAAUCAAAAUAUUUCCUCUUGAAUUAACGAAUAGAUCAGUUAACUGUUUUACAUCAUGCAUAAUUGGUAUGAUGAUUUUAUCUCAUGGAGACAAUUACGAAUGCUAAAACAAAUACUCAAUGGUUCUGUUAUCUCUCCUGCUCACAAAUGUUUUGACUUCUAUAUUUAAUCUAAUUUUCACUUUGAUUCUGUUUAAUCAAAAUAGAUCUUAGAAAGAACUAAGGAACUUUGCUGACUUGUUGUUGACAGUGCUCUUUUUGGUUCAUAUUGUGUAAUAUGUGUUGGUUUUCAUUAAGACAAAUGACAUAGUUGAAGAAGAAUGCUCGUGUUUGAGUUUCAUAUUCCAAUUCCAGAAAUAUGUAGCACCAAUUAACUUCAUAUCAUUCUUAUUUGUGAUUUAUUAGGAGGUGCGUUACUUCAAGGAAGCAAUUAAAUACUAGGAACUAAUUGAGAAGAAUAGUCAUCAAAACAAUUUGUGUAAUACUAAUGAAUUAAUUGAAUUAGAUAGUGCAGGCAUACAAAAUUAAUAAGCAUUGAAAUAGGGAGUCCGACAUUCCAUUAAAAGUCUAAGUUCAGUAGUAAAUCCAAUGGAGGCUAGUCAAAGUAAUUCUCAGGCUCCCAACUUUGGAAUUGAGAAGCAAGGAUAACAAUUAGAGAAGUUGGGAACUAGUCAAUUUGGAGCAUCAUAACAUAAUUAGGGUAUGUUACACUCUUGGGCCAAUGUGUAAAAUCCUAAUCCUUUUGGAGCUACUGUGAAAGAACAAUAAGAGAGCAUUGAACAUCAAAAAAGAGGAAGCAAAUCUGUGGAUGAAAGUUUAAUUCGAUAAGAGGAGUCUCAAAUUCCAGAGAAUUUGUCUCAAGUUAAUAAUCCAAUGGAGUCUGGUAGUGUGGUUACUAUUCAUUGA